AUGAUCAUUACGGAGGUCGGACCAACCGUGGUAGCUAUUGGAGGUAUACACGAUCCGACCGGUCGCCGGAGGUGCGUGGUGUCGAGAUUGGCCUGGAGGAACGGUGCACUCUGGAGGGCUUACUCGCGUAUGAAGGCAAGGCAUAGGUUGCAUGCUAGCAAGCUCGUAGGUGUGCGGGGUUAUCGUGCAUUGGGCGGCGGACACGUGGGCAUACGGAUACGCGAUCCGGCCCGAGGGAGAAGUUGUGGUAUACAAAAGGCGGAGCUUUGUGCGGGAGUGGGGGAGAUGGCUGAAUGGGUAGUGUUAGUGAAAGGGAGAGUUGGCGAUUGA